UGCUUCUUUUUGCUGCUGUCAGAAGGCGCUCAAUUUUUCGCAAAACGGCGUUUAUUUCAUUUUAACGCAACAUUCCCACAAUUUAGUUUGUGUUUUCAUUAUUUUAUAAAUAUAUACAACAACGGUUUGUUAAAAUAAUACGUGUAACGAUAUUGCACAAUUGCACGUGAUGGCUGAUACACUAGAAUACAGCGAUAUAACAUCGGAAGUACGCGGCGUGCUGACACCGGGCCGCUUGAAGCUUACCGAUCAGCAUAUUAUAUUCAAAAAUAGUAAAACCGGCAAGGUGGAACAAAUUGCCGCUGACGACAUAGAGCUAAUUAAUUCGCAAAAGUUUGUCGGCACUUGGGGUUUACGCAUAUUCACCAAAAAUGGUGGUCUGUAUCGCUUUUCCGGAUUUCGCGAUUCGGAAAAUGAAAAAUUGGGUAAAUUCUUAAAGAAAGCGUACAAGCAAGAUAUGGUUGAGAAAGAGAUGUGUGUGAAGGGUUGGAAUUGGGGUACGGCACGUUUUCUCGGUUCAGCGCUGAGCUUUGAUAAGGAUAGUAAGACCAUAUUUGAAAUACCCUUACAACACGUGUCGCAGUGUAUGACUGGUAAAAAUGAGGUGACAUUGGAAUUUCAUCAGAGUGAUGAUGCGCCUGUGGGUUUGCUGGAAAUGCGUUUUCACAUACCUGCUGUUGAGUCGGCAGAAGAAGAUCCAGUUGAAAGUUUCCAGAAUAAUGUGAUGAGCAAAGCCUCCGUUAUAUCCGCGUCAGGCGAUGCGAUUGCCAUUUUCCGCGAAAUACAUUGCCUCACGCCGCGUGGUCGUUACGACAUUAAAAUAUUCUCAACCUUCUUCCAAUUGCACGGUAAAACAUUUGAUUACAAAAUACCAAUGGACUCGGUGUUGCGGCUCUUCUUGCUGCCACACAAAGAUAACAGACAAAUGUUUCUCGUGCUAUCGUUGGAUCCGCCAAUUAAGCAAGGUCAAACACGUUAUCAUUUCUUAGUGUUGCUCUUCGGCCCAGAAGAGGAGACAUCCAUAGAGUUACCCUUCAGCGAAGAGGAGUUGAAAGAGAAGUAUGAGGGCAAAAUUGAGAAAGAACUUUCUGGUCCAUUAUACGAAGUAAUGGGUAAAGUCAUGAAAGUUUUAAUAGGACGCAAAAUAACCGGACCCGGCAAUUUUAUUGGUCACUCGGGUACAGCGGCUAUUGGUUGCUCCUUCAAAGCCGCCGCCGGCUAUCUCUACCCACUCGAACGUGGCUUCAUCUACAUACACAAGCCACCGGUGCACAUACGUUUCGAGGAAAUCGCCUCGGUGAACUUUGCACGUAGUGGUGGCUCCACGCGCAGUUUCGACUUUGAGAUUACGCUGAAAAACGGCACCGUGCACAUAUUCAGCUCCAUCGAAAAGGAGGAGUAUGCCAAACUCUUCGAUUACAUACAACAAAAGAAAUUGCGCGUCAGCAAUAUUGGCAAAGACAAGGGUGGCUACAAUGAUGUGGACUUUGGUGAUUCGGAUAAUGAGAACGAACCGGACGCAUACUUGGCGCGUGUCAAAGCGGAGGCACGCGAAAAAGAAUCGGACGAUGAAGAGGGCUCGGAAGAGGAGUCUACCGAUGAAGAUUUCAAACCGAACGAGGCUGAAUCCGAUGUGGCCGAGGAGUAUGACAGCAAUGUGCAGAGUGAUAGUGAAGAUUCCGAUGCGAGCGGUGGCGGCGGCGGUGGUGGUGGCGGCACUGAUUCGGGCGCGGAAAAGAAGAGCAAGCCGAAGAAGGAGAAGAAAGAGAAGAAGGAACGCAAAGAGCGUGUGAAAAAAACCACCAAAACCAAGAAAGACGUCAACAAACCCAAACGUGCGACCACUGCUUUCAUGUUGUGGCUCAACGAGACACGCGAACAAAUUCGAAAAGACAAUCCCGGAAUCAAAAUUACCGAAGUCGCCAAAAAGGGUGGUGAAAUGUGGAAAGAACUUAAGGAUAAAUCGAAAUGGGAAGAAUUGGCCGCUAAGGACAAACAGCGUUAUCAAGAUGAAAUGAAGGAUUACAAGCCAGCUGCUAGCGAGGAUAGCGGCAGCAAAUCUACAGCAGCAGCUAAAAAGCGUAAGAAGGAAUCGCCAACGAAGAAAUCACCGGUCAGCGCUGGCGUUUUCAAGAGUAAAGAAUACAUAUCCGAUGAUGAAUCAUCUUCGGGUGGUGAGAAUAAGAAGGAUGAGUCGGGCGCUGCUGAUUCGGAGCCCGAGAAGAAGAAGAGCAAGGCGGGCGGCAAAUCCGCUAAAGAUAAGAAGAAGAAGAAGGAUGAAAGCGAAGAAGAGAGUGAAGGUUCUGCGAGUGGGGCCAGUGAUGAGGACGAUGAAGAUGACGAAGACGAAGCUAGCGAUGAUGGCGAAGGCAGUGAUUAGGCGGCGUUGCGUAAACAACGAAAUACAUAUAUACAUACAUAUUUACGUAUUUUACUUUGUACUUUGCCGUUUUUUUGUAGUUGUAAGCAUUUAGUUUCGUAA